CUGGGUUAUUUACAGAGAGUUGGGUAGUUUUUGUGUAACCCAGCUGCUGGGUUGAAGUUUGAUUGGCUCCUCCCCCAAAGUUCACCGGUGGAUUCAGCGGCUGUCAGUCAGAGCUUCGUGUCUCUCUUGAGCUCCCACACCGCUGAUGACGGUUCAUUUAAGGGAAAAUGACGUUAAAUACAAGAGUCAAAUGAACCAGCAGCAGCAACUGGUCCGGCUGUCUCCCAACCCCUAACUUCAGCAACCCCCUGAAUCAGCCCCUGCGCUCCCACAUGAAGAAAAAGGAGGAGACACUUCUAGGAGCAGGUGUUACAGACUGACUGGAGUGUGUGUGGUGCUGCUGCAUGUUGUCCUGCUGACUGCCCUCACACUGCUCUGCAUCAAAUACAACAACCUGUAUACAGAAAACAACCAGUUACAGACCAGUUAUAACAAUCUAACUAUAGAGAGAGAUCAGUCAAUUCCCAAAAACCUGACUAUAGAGAGAAACCAGAUACAGAGCAGUUGCAACAUCCUGGCAAUGGAGAGAGACCAACUACAGACCAGGUAUAACAACCUGGCUAAAGAGAGAGACCAAUUACAGAUCAGUUACAACAAUUUAACAAUACAGAGAAACUGGUUACAGGCCAGUUACAACAACCUGUCUAUAGAGAAGAACCACUUACAGACCGGUUACAACAACUUGACUAUAGAGAGAAAACUGUUACAGACCAGCUACAACAAACUGACUAUGGAGAGGGAUCAGUUACAGAUUAGUUACAACAACCUAAAUAUAGAAAGAGACCAGUCACAGACCAGUUACAACAACCUGAUUAUAGAAAGAGACCAAUUACAGACCAGUUAUCAUAACCUGACUAUGGAAAAAGACCAGUUACAGACCAGUUACAACAAGUUAAUUACAGAAAAAGAUCAGUUACAGACCACUUACAUCAACCUGACUAAGAACAGAGACCAGUUACUUACCGAUAACAACAACCUGACCUUAGAGAAAGAUCAGUUGCAGACCAGUUACCACAAGCUGACUAUAAAGAUGGAGAGGUUACAGACCAGUUACAAUAACCUGGUUAUAGAGAGAGACCAGUUACUUAACAUUUACAAUAACCUGACUUUAGAGAAUGACCAGUUACAGACCAGUUACAACAACCUGAAUAGAGAGAGAGACCAGUUACAAAUAAGUUACAACAACCUGACCUUAGAGAAUGGCCACUUACAGACCAGGUACCACAACCUGAAUAUAAAGCGAGAUCAGUUACAGACUAGUUACAACACUAUGACUAUAGAAAGAACCAAAUUACAGACCUGCUGCCACAACCUGACUAUAGAGAGAGACCAGCUACAGACCAGUUAUAGGACCCUGAUGAUAGAGAGAAACCAGUUACAGACCUGUUGCAGCAACCUGACUAUAGAGAGAGACCAGCUACAGACAAGUUACAGGACCUUGAUGAUUGAGAAAAAACACUUACAGACUGGUUACAACAAUUUGACUAUAGAGAAAGACCAGUUGCAUACCAGUUACAACCAGCUGACUGUGGAGCGGGACCAGUUACAGAACAGUUACAACAACCUGAUUAUAGAGAGAGACCAGUUAAAGACGGAUAUAGAGAAAAUUCAGACCCUUUCUAAACUGGGGUGGAUUUAUUUCAGCUCCAAUCUUUACUACAUCUCUACUGAGAAGAAAAGCUGGACUGAGAGCAGACAAGACUGCAGAGAGAGAGGAGCAGACCUGGUGAUCAUAAAGAGCAAAGAGGAACAGGAGUUCACAAAUAAACUGUUGGGCAGCAGAACAGCUUGGAUUGGUCUGAGUGACAGAGACAGAGAGGGCGAGUGGAAGUGGGUGGAUAAUACACCACUGAGCACUGAGUUUUGGCGAAAUGGAGAACCCAACAGCAGAGUAGGAGAUGAGGACUGUGCUGUAACUGGUUAUAUGUCUGAUCCUGUGAGGAACUGGGCUGAUUAUCCCUGUAAUGAUAAGUUUGUUUGGAUCUGUGAGAAGACAAUCUUUACCUGAACUGCUGUAUAUGAAUUAAAAGCAGUAACUUGAAUGUACAUGUGUAUCUGUGUAGGUCAGUGUGUUGUGAAAAAUCCUCAUUACUAUUAAUAACUCUGUAACCAUCAUGGUUUUAUAUUUUUUUUUGUUCAGAGCCUGUUUUUUCAGUUCUUGUUUGUUUACUGUAAAAUCUUACUCACUGUCUGUGUACUUUAAUGUCAUUUAAGAUUUUAAUUACACAAAUUAGUCAAUGCUACAUACUCCUUGCUUCUGGCUUUCUCUCAGUCCUUCAUUGUAAUAAGUCAUGAUACCUGGUAUGAAAUUUUUAUCAUGUGCAUCAUGUUCUUAAACAUAAAUAAAGUAGUGCAUGUUGCAUUGAAUAUUGUGUGUUUUGUUUGGGUCACGACAAACAAAUGUUUGCUCACAUAAAGGAGAUAAACACACUGACCAGCUGCUGCACACAGACUUAACAUGCUGAGCAGAAAUGCAUUUUUUGGUGAUAUUUGCUUAGUUGUUUCCAGAAACAAGUAGUUUAAAACGUUGGACUGCAGGUUAAGAGUUAACAGCGACCAAAUGUAAAUGUAACACUCAGAACCACUUUCAGGCCAUUUGCCUGAUUAAUUAACAAUUAGGAAAUUUUAAUGGCACACAUUUCUUAAACUUCUUUAAAGUU